AUGUCUCUCUUACAGGAUUUCUUGCAGUUUCUCCAACCAUUAUCUUCUACAUUAACAAAGUCGUUCACAACUAGCUGUGACUCGGGCGAGUCAGACCCGUGUCGAGAUGACUCAGCUGCUCUCACACUCAAGUUUGCAGCUAUGGCUUCGAUCCUCAUCGCCGGAGCAGCCGGCGUCUCGAUCCCUCUCAUCGGUACUUCCCUCCUCCCGUCAAACGGCGGUUUAAUGAGAGGAGCCAAAGCGUUCGCCGCCGGAGUUAUACUCGCAACAGGGUUCGUUCACAUGCUCUCCGGUGGCUCCGAAGCUCUUUCCGAUCCAUGUUUGCCGGAGUUUCCAUGGAAGAUGUUCCCUUUCCCUGAGUUCUUCGCCAUGGUCGCAGCACUUCUCACUCUUCUUGCAGAUUUCAUGAUCACUGGUUACUACGAGAGGAAACAGGAGCAGUUGAUGAACCGGUCGGUUGAAUCACUCGCUCUGCAUGGUUCGGUUGUGUCGGAUCCGGGUCGGGAUAUUGGAUCGGGUCUUCUUGAGUCGGGUUUUUUGAGGGAUCAUGAAGAUGGUGAGAAGUUGCAUAUAGUGGGGAUGAGAGCUCAUGCGGAUCAUCACCGUCAUAGUCUCUCGAUGGGUCCUGAUGGUUUUGAGGCUCUUGCGAAGAAGAGUGGUGGUGCUGGUCAUGGUCACGGGGACGUUGGUUUGGACAGUGGUGUUAGGCACGUUGUUGUGUCUCAGAUACUUGAAAUGGGAAUAGUAUCACAUUCAAUAAUAAUAGGAAUAUCACUUGGAGUAUCACAUAGCCCAUGCACCAUACGUCCUCUAAUUGUCGCUCUUUCCUUCCACCAAUUCUUCGAAGGUUUUGCACUCGGUGGCUGCGUCGCAGAAGCAAGACUAACCCCGCGAGGAUCGGCCUUGAUGGCUUUCUUCUUCGCGGUCACUACUCCAAUCGGUGUGGCCGUGGGAACGGCCAUUGCCUCAUCUUACAACUCCUAUAGCGUUGCGGCUUUGGUGGCUGAAGGAGUGCUCGAUUCGCUCUCUGCGGGAAUACUUGUAUACAUGGCGCUUGUCGAUUUGAUCGCUGCGGAUUUCUUGAGCAAGAAGAUGAGUGUUGAUUUCAAAAUUCAAGUUGUUUCUUAUUGCUUUUUGUUUCUUGGAGCUGGGAUGAUGUCUGCUCUUGCUAUUUGGGCUUGA